AUGAUUUUGAGGCGGCCGGUGAUGGAUAUCGAAGGCUGGUGCCCUGCAAAUCGUGUAAAGAAAGAAUCAUGGAAGACGGUACUGGCAUUGGCUUACCAGAGUUUGGGUGUUGUGUAUGGGGAUUUAAGCAUUUCGCCUCUUUAUGUCUAUAAGAGCACUUUUGCAGAGGACAUUCAACAUUCGGAGACUAAUGAGGAAAUAUUUGGAGUUCUUUCUUUUGUUUUCUGGACAUUAACUCUGAUCCCUCUGCUUAAAUAUGUGUUCAUUGUGCUUAGAGCUGAUGAUAAUGGUGAAGGGGGCACUUUUGCUUUGUAUUCCCUUUUGUGCCGCCAUGCCCGGGUGAGCAUUUUGCCUAAUGGCCAGCUCGCUGACGAGGAUUUGCACGAGUACAACAAAGACGACAUCACAUCUGGUAAUAACAAUAACAAAGGUGUGGGUAAGAAGUUGAGGUUAACACUGGAAAAGCAUAAGAUGCUUCAAAGAAUGUUGCUUACUUUGGCUUUGAUUGGGACUUGUAUGGUUAUUGGAGAUGGAGUUCUUACUCCGUCGAUUUCUGUGUUUUCUGCAGUAUCUGGAUUGGAGCUCGUGGUUUCAAAGCGUCAUCACCAAUAUAUAGAAGUCCCAGUAGCUUGCAUAAUCCUACUGUUCUUGUUCUAUCUUCAACACUAUGGGACCCACAGGCUUGGAGCUCUUUUUGCACCCAUUGUGAUAACCUGGCUUUUCUGCAUAAGUGCUAUUGGCUUAUACAAUAUCUUCCACUGGAAUCCUCACGUUUAUACGGCACUUUCCCCUUAUUACAUGUAUAAGUUCUUGAAAAAGACCGAAAAACGAGGCUGGAUGUCCUUGGGAGGUAUUUUGUUGUGUAUAACUGGUUCAGAAGCCAUGUUUGCUGAUCUUGGGCAUUUCUCUCAAUUGUCCAUUCAGAUGGCCUUUAGUUUUGUGGUUUAUCCCUCCUUAAUCCUUGCUUACAUGGGGCAAGCUGCUUAUUUAUCCAAACACCACGUAAUGGAGAGCGAUUAUCAUAUUGGAUUUUAUGUAUCGGUACCAGAAAAACUAAGAUGGCCUGUUCUUGCAAUUGCUAUACUUGCUGCCGUUGCGGGAAGCCAAGCCAUUAUUACGGGGACUUUUUCCAUAAUCAAGCAAUGUUCUGCGUUGGGCUGCUUCCCUCGAGUCAAAAUUAUACACACGUCGUCUAAAAUAUGCGGGCAAAUUUACAUUCCCGAAAUUAACUGGACUUUGAUGCUCCUCUGUUUGGCUGUCACUGUUGGAUUUAGAGACACAAAACACAUUAGCAAUGCAUCGGGUCUUGCCGUUAUAACCGUUAUGUUGGUCACGACGUGCCUCAUGUCACUCGUCAUCGUCUUGUGCUGGAACCGAAAUGUCCUUUUCGCCCUCGCCUUCAUAUUCUUCUUCGGCUCGGUCGAGGCCCUUUACUUCUCGGCCUCACUCAUAAAGUUCCUAGAGGGCGCAUGGGUCCCGGUCGCCCUCUCGCUCGUUUUCCUCGUCGUUAUGUACGUGUGGCACUACGGUACACUCAAGAAGUACGAGUUCGACGUCCAGAACAAGGUCUCUAUCAACUGGCUAUUGGGCCUGGGCUCGAACCUCGGCAUCGUUCGGGUCCCUGGAAUCGGGCUCAUUCACACCGAGCUCGUCUCUGGAAUUCCCGCCAUUUUCUCGCAUUUCGAGAAUGGGAUGGAGGUGUUGUUGGGCCAGGGGGAUGGGGAAGACAGGGAAAUGGGCCCGGACCCAGGCCCAAGGAAGAGAGUGAGGUUUGUGGUGCCAGAGAGCCCGCAGGAGGGGGGUCGUGUGGAGCUGGAGGAGCUGGUAGAGGCUCGGGAGGCCGGGAUGGCGUUCAUAUUGGGUCACUGCCAUGUUAAGGCGAAACCGGGCUCGGGCCUGGUCAAAAGGCUCGCGGUCAAUGUAGGAUACGAUUUCUUGAGGAGAAAUUCGAGGGAGCCAACGUACGCGUCGAGUUUUCCUCGGGCGUCGACGUUGGAGGUGGGGAUGGUUUAUCAUGUGUGA